CUGGGUUAUAUUGUGCUGAAGGGCGGAAGUAAUUAAUAUACUUUGUAUAAGAGCAGUUUGUACCAAAAUGCCAUAAUAUUUUUAAGUUGAGAAAUCACUCAAACCAGUAAGAAUGUCGACCUUCCUGGUAGUUGCCAGCAUAGACUUUGGAACAACCUACUCGGGAUGGGCCUACUCAUUUCGCUUUGAGUUCGAAAAGGAUCCCACAAUUGUACAUGCUAAAACAUGGCAUGGAGGCAACUUCGUCUCACAAAAAGGACCAACCUGCAUCCUCAUCAAGCCAGAUGGUAAAACUCUAGAAGCUUUUGGGUACGAAGCAGAGACCAAAUACGCAGACCUAGCCGGUGAGAAUGAACACAAAAUGUGGUACUACUUUCGGAGAUUCAAAAUGAAGCUCUUUAACAAAGAAACACUGACUAUGUCUUUAGAGAUUGAAGAUGAAGAAGGCAAACGUCUUAAAGCAAUCACAGUAUUUUCUCUUUCCAUUCGCUAUCUGAAGGAGGAUUUAAUGAAAACUUCUUCCGACAAAUUACGUGAUGAUAUCACGGAAAAGGACAUUCAUUGGGUUAUCACAGUUCCAGCAAUUUGGAGUGAACCAGCCAAGAAAUUCAUGCGCGAGGCAGCUAGACUGGCUGGCAUACCGUUUGGUCAGUUGAGUGUUUGUCUGGAACCGGAGGCGGCUUCCAUAUAUUGCCGGCAUUUGCCAAUGGAAAAAAGUUCCGAUACUUCCGUGUCUUCAUUUCAACCGGGAACAAUAUACUUGGUCUUGGAUGCUGGCGGUGGUACUGUUGACAUAACAGUUCACGAAAUCACUCAAGAGGGAACACUAAAGGAACUUUCGAUGGCAUCAGGGGGCCCAUGGGGUGGUACAAAGGUAGACGAUGCGUUUCUAGCGCUAUUCAAUAAAAUAACAGGUGUUGACAUAAUCGAGAGACUGAAACGCGAAUACAUGGAAGAUUACAUAGAACUGGUUAGGAAUUUUGAAAUGAAGAAACGAGAUAUUACCGACAAACCUGGAACAACACUCAUUCGCAUUCCAGUCAGUGUGAUGGAUCUUGCUGAGGAGAUGACCGGAAAAACUCUCAAGCAAAUGCUGCAAGAUUCGCCAUACAAACAAUCGAUUCGCCAAGACAAGGAUAAAAUGAAAAUUGACACGAAAGUUUUAGUGUCACUUUUCGACACCACAUUAGAAAGUAUAGUAAGCCAUGUGAGUACACUCUUUCAGGAGACGGCUCAGGAUUGCAAGACAAUACUGAUGGUUGGUGGAUUGUCUGACUCGGAAUUGCUACAAGAAAAAGUGAAAUCUGUGUUUAAAAAUAAAUCUCCUAUAGUUCCUCUGGACGCAGGGUUGGCUGUUUUGAAAGGAGCAGUAAUUUUCGGUCAUAACAAGAGAGAAAUUGUCUCAAGAAUAGCACGAUAUUCAUAUGGACUGAAAACAGUAAGGGUUUUCGACCCUGAGGAGCAUCCUGUAGAAAGAAUGUAUAUUGACAGCAAAAGACAUGGUAAGCCCUCAGUUGGAGGAUGUUUUUCAAAGUUAAUUAAAAGGGGCGACGCCGUUGAAGCACAAAAUUCAUCCGAACCAAAAUCUUUUUAUCCAUUUAGUCACGGAACAGGUUUUGCCGCUAAACUAUACUGUUCAUCGCAAACGAUUUGUCCACGAUUUGUCGACGAAGAAGGGUGCAAUUUUAUCGGACAAUUUAAUGUGCCCUGUCUCGAUAUAUUUGGAAACGUGGGACCCGCAAAUGUGUCCCUCCUCUUUGGAGGCACGGAGAUUGAAGCACGUGCAGUUUUACAAAGUACUCUUGAAAAUGUCACAGCAACAUUCGAUUUUCCUGAUUAAACAUUUGGAGCUACAAAGCACCUACCACUCAAAAUAUUAUACGAACAACUUGACUUUAAGAAAAAAAUAUUUAUGCUAUACAGAUUAAGUAGGAUGAGGAUUGUAUAUAAACUGUGACAUGCUAGCCAGUGUGUCUGACCUAUAAAGGUCAAGAUAAAUAAGCUAACACAUUCACGCUUCCAAAACAUUUCUCUUUCGGAAUUUAUAUCUACACUGUAUUUACUUAUAUCAAAUUGUUGUGAAACAACGAGAGUGUUAAUUUUGAUUGGAUUCUGAUGUUUUGCAUUUGAGACAAUCCUAUAUGCAUUCAAUUGUUGUUUUCGUGUAACAUUCUGCAUUAUAGACUAU